UAAAUAUUAGAAGAGCAGGAGGAUCUCCCCUUCUUGACAAGCAGUUCUGUCUUUCAUAGAAGGGAAUGGGCCCCCUCUCUUCCCUCCCUUGCUCCCUCCCUCCCUGCAGCGUGAAGGAGCUGCUAAUACCCAGUCCGGGCUAACUGCCUUCUUUAUAUACGAGGGCUCCCUCCUCCAACCCUCACUGAGCCUACAGCUGACCCUUCUGCUGCAAUUCCCUAAGGACCCUCCGGCUGACUCCACUUUACCCUUCUCCUCUCCCUGACGUGCCGGCAUCAGAGAAACAUACUGGACCCCAUUCCUGAGCCUUUUCCUUCUGCCCUGGGAACUGUGAGAGGAUCUUUCUUUGGGCUAACAACUUGAACUGAAGAAUGAAAAGUCUGGUGGUGGAUCCCUCAAAUCAAUUCAACGCUUCCCUGGAUGCUUUUGAGCAAUGUGGCAAAGAAACACCCUUGGAAAAUGUUCUUUUUGCCUCCUUCUAUCUUCUGGAUUUCAUCCUGGCCUUUGUUGGCAAUACUCUUGCCCUCUGGCUCUUUAUCCGGGACCAAAAAUCGGGCACUCCAGCCAACGUUUUUCUGAUGCAUCUUGCUGUGGCCGAUUUGUCCUUUGUGCUGGUGCUUCCCACCCGACUUGUUUAUCAUUUUUCUGGAAACCACUGGCCAUUUGGGGAAAUCCCAUGCCGUCUUACCGGGUUCCUCUUCUACCUCAACAUGUACGCCAGCAUCUACUUCCUCACAUGCAUCAGCGUUGACCGCUUCCUCGCCAUCGUGCACCCCAUCAAGUCCAUCAAACUGCGCAGGCCUCUCUACGCCCACCUAACCUGCGCCUUCCUCUGGGCGGUGGUGGCCGUGGCCAUGGCCCCGCUGCUGGUCAGUGCGCAGACAGUGGAGGUGAACAACACGACCGUCUGCCUGCAGCUCUACCGGGAGAAAGCCUCCAGGAACGCUCUCGUGUCCUUGGCUGUGGCCUUUACCUUCCCCUUCAUCACCACCGUCACCUGCUACUUGCUGAUCAUUCGGAGUUUACGCAGCGGCCACCGGGUAGAGAAACACCUCAAGGACAAAGCCAUCAAGAUGAUCAUCAUGGUGCUCAUGAUCUUCCUGGUGUGCUUCGUGCCCUACCAUGUCAACCGAUACAUCUACGUACUCCGGUACGACGGCACCCGGGCCUCCUGUGAGGCCCAGAGGCUCCUGGCCCUCAGUAACCGCAUCACAUCCUGCCUCACCAGCCUCAAUGGUGCCCUGGACCCCGUCAUGUAUUUUUUUGUGGCUGAGAAGUUUCGGGAUGCUUUAUGUAAUUUGCUCUGUGGCAAAAGGGCAAUGACCCUGCCCCCGAGUUUCGAGGGAAAGACAAAUGAGAGUUCCCUAAGCGCUAAGUCUGAACUGUGAAAGAGAUACCCAGACAGAAGCUGUGGCCUCUCUGUGCUGGGUACGUGUAUCUCAGCAGCAGACCUGCUGCCUGUGCCUUCCGUUGGACAGCACAUCUCCCACCAUCAAAGUAGAAGAAUCCAGCUUCUUCCACAUAGACUCGGGCAACCAGCCACUUACUGAGCAAACAGACUCAAAUAUGGGUGGACCACUAAUAACCCACGGAGACACCUGAACCGAUGCUUCACCUGUUGCUCAGUUUCUAACAAGUUCUUACAUUUCUGAAAAGCAAGGACUAACAUGUGAUCAAACCAAGACUCCUCCCUGCUCAGCAGAAAGAUUUUCAGCUAUGCUCACUUACUGUUACUAGAUACCCUAAUGAUCUCAGCCUAGAUAGAGGGGGGAGGGACAUGAAAAUUAGAGAACAAUGAAAGUCUUUCUCUUAGCUCAAUGCUGACCACUAAGCUACUGACCUCCUAUUAUGGUAAGGCAAGAGUGGGGGAGGCUACUCCCCAAAGAGUCCAAGAAAAUGAUCUGAAAAUUGCUUGAGUGAAAGAGAGAAUUUCUUUAAACGUCUCCUUUGAUGUUUGGGGGAAUGAGGAUGGGGGAGGAGAGGGCAGUGGGGAGAGAGGGAAGAAACACUAUAGUGUUCACAUUGUCAGGUCCUUGGCUAUAGACAUCACCAGCUUAGUUCAGUUAACAGUGAUGUGGACUCUAUUUGGCUGAUUACAACUGGACUGGAGAGACAAAGUCAAGCUGGUCUCCAAAUAACAUCUUACAUGUGCAGCCUAAACCAACAGGAGUCAACUUUGAACUUUGCUCCAGAGAUUUCCUAAUCUAAAUUUUUUUUAAAGCUCCUAAAAAUUCUUCUUUUUAAAACUUGUUCUGUGAACCUGGCUAAGUCACUUAACCCUCAUUGCCCCACAAAAACAAAAACAAAAACAAACAUACAAAAAAAACCCCUUGUUCUGACAAUCUCUUUACACUUUCUCAACAUGUGUCCUGUACCUCAUGUCCGAGGGCCUGCAGCUGGCCUGACCAUCUUGCUGGAGACAUGAGCAGGGGAGCAAAAC